CACCAGAGAGCACCAGUAAUGGCCAAGCCCUGAGCUGCUGCUCCCGGGGAGACAUGGAGCUUCCUCCCAGCAACUGGAGCCUCUCCUUCCUCCUCCUGCUCCUUGAAUUACCCAAGGUUCUUGCUGGAAGCUCUCAGAUUCCACUCAAUGGAACAGUUGGUCAGUCUGUCCUUCUGCCCUUUCGCUUCAUAUUCAACUCAUCAGUUCCUGAUCCUCUGGCUAUUAGAUGGUAUUUUAAUGAGAACGAAAUACUUGGCUCCCUCACAGUCAAGAACUGCUCUUUGAGCUGUGUCUGGGAGAAUCCCACCCACUGUUGCAACAAGUCAUUCACUCAGGGUCCACGCCAUCAAGGCCGUGUGGAACUGUCUCCUGAAACCCUUUCUGUGCUCCUCCACAACUUGACACUCAAUGACUCUGGAGUCUACAAAGUAGCAUUUAAUGGAGCAUGUGAGUUUGAAGUAAUCGAGCUGUUGGUGACAGCCCCUGCUUCCAUGCCAGGAAGUGCAGCAACCAAGCCACCUAGAAAUACAGGAAGCAAUGCCCUGACUUUGGGCCUCAUUGUUGGGAUCUGCUGUAUUUUCAUCAUCCUCAUUCUCCUGCUAUUUCUGUUGGGCUGCCAAAGCCACAGAGUUUGUGCAAAGCUAGCAAUGGAGACUAAGACAAUAAAGCAAAGAAAGGAACCAGGUCCCAAAGAACUCCGCCUAGAAAACCUUCCACCUGGACCUGAUGCAAUUUAUGAAACAAUUAGAGAAGACCAGAUGAAAUACCAUCCCGCUCCAGAUCAACUGACUUUGUAUUCAACCAUCCAGCUGCCAGUUGAGUACUAACAGCCGUAGUCAAUGCAGUUGGCCUCAAGAUUGAGAAGGGCCUAGAGGUUCUUUGGCUAAAUCUAUAUGCCUCCAGUCUGUGAAAACACCUGUUUCUUGCCCCAAUCUGCACAGGGCAAAGAUAAAUGCCUGGCAACAAACUGGGAAGAUGGCUGCAGAAGUGAUGGAUGGGUUAGUCAUAGUUUAACCCUCAUCAGACCUUAAUCCAUUAACCCACUCCACUAGACUUAAAUUAAUAUUAAUCCAAAACAGACUCUCCUCUAACUUCUCAUAUGAAGUGUGUGUGUGUGUGUGUGUGUGUGUGUGUGUGUGUGUGUGUGCGAUGACUGUGUGUACAGAAACUAGGGCUAUUGCUAUUUUCUUUCUAAACUUUCAAAGACCAUAGCGUUGAUACCCAGUGGGCCGUGAAUGAAGGGAAACUGUACUUGGGGGGAAUCGGGUGGUGGGGGAGGGGAGAAACUGUUCCUCCCACAGAGAACAGAGGAGAAAAGUGGUCUCUUCCAAGCCAGAGAACACGUGUAGAUUGCAAACCCUUACAAACAACAAAUUUGAGCAAAGAAGGGUGGUAUCCGCUAGCUAUCAUUCAUUGUUUCAUUCAAUUGUAUUUAUUGAGUGCUUCCUGUGUGCAGAGCACUGUACUAAGUGCUUGGGAAAGUAAAAUAUAAUAGACACAUUCUCUGCCCACAAUGAGUUUUACAGUCUAGAGAGCUUACAGUCUGUCAAUCAGGCCACUCCCAAUCCAAGUGAGAGCCAGGCCAAGGAUGCCAUCACAAGGCCAAAAAUUCCGGAACGCAUGUGAACUCCUAGGGCGAGGCUGGUAAGGUGGAGCCUUACAAAAUCAUUCUCAGAAGUUUGUAAAUGGAAAAACCCAAGCAGCUGGGGGAGAGACAAAUUGGGAUAGCCUUGGCAGAGGACAAUGGACAGCAACCCCCUCCUUCUGGCACCACCAGUUCACAUUUUUUAUUCCUAACCCACUCUUGAACAUGAACUAUCAGGUGUUUAGGGA